GCAAAGACAAUGCAAUAUUUCUAAGAAGAAAAAGACCGUGGAAGGACACCAGGCACCCUAGGGUGAAGGCAGACUGAGAGACUGCGAUUCCAGCCUAAGCUUCUGAGUAUCUUGUCUGUGUUGCAGCCAUGCUUUGUGAGGGCAGACUGUUGAGCAUGACCUACGGGGAAUUGGAUUUGGAUCCCCUCUGUCCUCAGCAGACUCUCCAGAGUACUUACGGGCUGCCGAGAGCAGCUGCUACACUCAUACCGGGCUCCACCAGACACACUCCACUCGCUCAGCGCGACUCCCCCGAGCUGACAGGUUCUUCGCCAGAGGAAUUGCGCAUUUCUCCGCUGCAGUCCUUGGAUUUCCACAGAGCCUGGGAGGGCAGACAGAUCUCUCCAGAGAUUGAGAUCCCAGCUCAGGCCUGCUCCGGUGCUGAUUCCCCUUAUUUGGUCCCCUCUUUCUGUCAGAGCUUCUGCCAAAACUACAGCGACCUCCACAUUGGAGGCGACCAGGUUUUGCUUCUUUCAGCCAAUGAGGGUGAUCUCCGUGUUGGUACUGAUGCCCAGGCUGUCGGUCCCUUCCUCCAGUCCUGUGACGUCCUCCCGGCUGUAGAGGAAUCCCCCCCUGGGAAGACGCCUCAGACCGGCCUUCUGCGCCCACUGAGAGGGGGCUCGAAUCGCUGGAGGCAGGGGAGUACACGUGAUCGCAGCUUUUUGUUACAGGGGCGCGAAGGUCCGUUCUCCAACUCGCUUCUGAACCACUACCUGGAGCAGAAAAUCCUGGAUCUGUACCAGCAGUACCUGAUGGAGAACAUGGCCAGAGAAAAAACCCCUGGCUCAGGUUAUGACACGGGCCCUGUUUGCCCCCUGCUGGGCUCGGAACUGGUCCUCACCAGCCUGGAUCAGAUCACAUUGCAGCUGAGUCGGGAGGGGAACCUGGAAGCCGGUAUGGCCAAGGACAUGGUCCUGAGCUGCCUGCUGCGUGUGGCGGGUGACAUGCAGUCAAGUGAGAUCAGUACACCGUUUCUGCAGAUUUCAAAUGAGGACUCCAGGGAGCAACUCAAGGAGAAUGAAAAGGAGUAACCUCGGUGUCAAGGCACUCACUCAUUUUAGUCUCUUACCAAGAAAUAAUUUGAAACUGAUUUUUACAUUUCAUUUAUUUCAUUCUAUUUCAUGUUGAAAGCAAAUUCUGCAUGUGAUCACAAAGACUGUGUUCUGUGUUACUGUAACUUGAUUUUGACAUGCAGUCAUGCAAGCAGUGUGUUAGUGCAUGACUGUGUAGUGGUUGUGAAUCCCCCCUUCCAAAAGACAAUAAAGACAGGAAGUGAAAAUCGAAAUUGAUCUUUUGCUUUUAUUUGCUUAAUUUGUAACAGAGCAACAACUCUGCAACACAAUAACAUUCCUCCUUUCCUAUUGCUGGCAGUGUCUUUGAAUACUGAUUAACACUGUUCAUUCAUCUUCCCCUGAUUUGCACAUUUCCGCGUAUUCUCUCAUAUGCAGCUUGUACAAAUUUUAGGUAUAAAUUUGAAACCUUGAGUGCAAAAAACCCCCCAAAAAAACAAAACGACAGAGAGUUUUAAUCAAAUAGGGAGGCAUCUGGUAUCCAGCAGUUAACCUUUAAA